GCUGCUUUCUGGAGUUGCUGAGGAUACUAAGAAGCAACUUCUUAGGGAUGCAGGCACAUUUGAAUCAACCAUGUUCCUGGAUGCUUCAGCUUCUGCUAGUGUCAAAUCUUCUACUAUGGGAAUAUGUGGUCUCCUUACCCUUGUGCCUUGAGAUAGAAGGAUCCAACGAAUUGACCAUUGAAGAACUCUUUGACGAUGCAAUUGGCAUGGCUCAGUACACCUCUAACCUCACCACACAAAUAUCUGAGGAGUUUGAUGAAAACUUUGCCAAAAGCCUGGGGUACAAAGCCAGGAACUCCAGCACCUGUCACACCGCUUCCCUCCUUACUCCAGAAAACAAUGAACAAAUCCAACAGACACAAUUAGACGACCUUCUGAAAGGGAUGAUCAGCAUUUCACGAGCCUGGUAUCACCCUCUGGAAAAGCUAGUGCACGAAGUGGCUGCUCUAAAUGGGGCAAGUGAGACUAUGCUGCUGAAAGUCAAAGAGGUAGAGGAAAAAAAUCAAGAACUUCUAAAGAAAAUUAAGGAAAUCCUUGUCAGGGUUCAUCCUGGAGCUGAAGAAAAUGUCUACCCUGCUUGGAUGGGACUGGCAGAGGUGAGGUCAGCCAAUGAAGACACUCGCCAUUUUGCUCUUAGUAACAUUUUUCGAUGCCUGCACAGUGAUACUGACAAGGUUGCCACUUAUCUUGAGAUUGUGAAGUGCCGAGUCAUCCAUAACAACAACUGCUAAGCAUAUACCCAUUCAGCUACUAAUAGGAUUGUCCCUGUUCAUCCAGACUAUCAAUGCCUCCUUCGAUUUUGCUUGUUUUAGGAUAUUUUAUUGUUUUGUUUUUUGAAACAGAGUUUCUUUGGCUGUCCUGGAACUCACUGUAGACUAGACUGGCUUUGAACUCAGAGAUGCACCUGCCUCUGUCUCCUGAGUGCUGGGGUUAAAGGCAUGGGCCACUGCCACCACUACCCAGCUUUGAUUUUUAGCUUUUGUAUGCACA